CAUCUCCAGUCAAUCUACACAGAUGGGGGUUAGUGGAAGACCCAAAGUUUCAGCUGUGCGACAAACCAGGAACCAUGCAGCACACCCUCUCAUCUUGCCAGACAGCGCUAACACAAGGCCGCUACAGAUGGAGGCACGACACGGUCCUCAAGGAGCUAGCAGACAUACUUGAGCGGGAGAGAAGGAAGACAAGACCUACCAACAAGAAGGCAGUACCAACAAUCAAAUUCGUCAAGGAAGGACAAACUGCCAAGAAGGCAAGAACCGCAGCAACAUCUAUCCUUGAUGAAUCAGAGCGUUGGGAGAUGAAGGUCGACCUAGGAAAACAGCUGGUAUUCCCAGACAUAGUCCAUACCACACAGAGACCAGACAUAGUUAUAUGGUCUCCCAAGGACAAGACACUGGUGAUAAUAGAACUCACUGUACCCUGGGAGACUAGGUGUGAUGAGGCCUACGAGCGGAAAAUGGGAAAGUACACUGAGCUACAAGAACAGUGUAAAAGUCGUGGUUGGAGUGCCUGGCUGUUCCCCGUUGAAAUAGGGUGCAGGGGAUUUCCAGCCCAAUCAUUAUGGAGAAUGCUCAGCAACAUUGGGAUCAAGGGAGGUGACAGGAAGAGGGCUGUAGGCAGACUUGGACAAGCUGCAGAAAAAGCAUCCAACUGGCUGUGAAUGAUGCGAGAGGAGAAGAGCUGGACGCUAAACCACUGACCCGUAGUGUUUGGCCAACACUACGGAUCCACUGCCCGGAGAGUGUCCUGGGAUUAAAGGAUAGAAACACUUGAUGAUAGGCAGUUCCCAGCUGAUGAGUCAGUGGUUUGUGCAGUAGUAUCUGUAUUCUACACAUAAUUUAGUGUUCGUGUGUCGUAU